AUGAGCUGCGGCGCGAUCUGGCUGCCUUUCCUCUCAACCCGAGCGGACGACGACGACGACGACGACGCCCCGGCCUCCUCCCCGGCGAUGCGCCCGGACCCGCCGCCCGAGGAGUCGCCCGCCCCCGCGGCGAAAAGCGCCCCCGCGCCAGCCGAGGCGGCUUUGUCCUCGCCCGUCGCGAUACCGCCGCUCGAGCCGCGCCUGAGGAUCCACUACGACGGCCCGUUGCGCUGGAACGACCAUCCGGAGCUGACGCAGAGGCUCGAAGAUGCGACGGCGGCGCUCGAGGCCGCGGGCUGGACGAGCGUGUUGCAACACAUGCCCAAGGGCGUGAGAACGCCCGAGGGGGUUUUCAGCUUUAUGCCCACCCUCCACGCCGUCAUGAACGUCAAGGGGGUGACCAAAACGCAGCUCACGAACCGCCUGGCGUCCAAGCGCUCGAAGCAGCGAGCGGCGCUGCCGUAUCCUUUUGGCGCGGGCGUCUCCCACCCCGACCCCGAGCCCGAGCCCGUCCCAAAGCCCGUCCCCGUCCAGGAACGCGAGCAGCUCGUCCUCGGGUACGAGUCAAAAAAGUUCGGCUCGCUGAAGAAGCUCACCGACAGCCUCGCGACCAUCCUCCCGGGAGACGACAACCCCGUGAAGCUCGGAAAGGCCGCCGACCGGUCUCCGUCGUCGACCGAACCCUCGAUCAAGCGGCGGCGCCGGCGCCCCUUACGCCGGGUCGAUGAACCCCUCGAUCCGUCCGAGGAGAGGGAGAUGGUGCGAGAGUCCAUACGCCGGUCCCUCGUGGAACACGGCACGCGCGAUCAGGGAGUUGGCGAGAAAGACGUGGACGCCUUCAUCGCCGACGUCAUGAACAUCGAGGACGACGGCCUCGGCGACGAUUCUUCUCCCGAGCAAGGGACGCCGGUCGCGCCCACGGACGACGAGGACGAGGACGAGGACGAGGAGACCCUGGCCGGUAUGCUCGACAGGCAUAAGAAGCAGAUACAGGCGAAGGCGGCGAUGAAGAAGACUGUAAACGCUCGGAAAUCAAGACUGGAGCCGAAGGCACGAGCUCGGGCACGGGGCGCGGUCGUUCAGGAGCCACCGCCCCCGCCGCCCACGGACGCGUUCGCGCUUCCUCGGCGCGAACCCUUCAAGAUGCCAAAGAUCGCGAUGCCGCCGCAUCCGAUGACAUCAAGUGCGCGGUUGGCCUGGGACCUGGCCGAGUCGAAGCUUGCCGCCGGCGAUCCGGUGAGGGCUGAAGUCGCGAUCGAGGAGUUCUCGAACGCGGCCAUGGCCAUCGGGUCCCAGUCGCACGGCGAGGCCGCGCGCGCGCUGACCCGGCUGGCGGGCAUGAACAUUCCCUUCGAGGUGCUGUCCAAGCUCGGCGACUGCCCAAAGCACGUGAAGCGUUGGGCAAAGUCGGGGGGCACCCGCGAGAUCAGAGACGCGGCGAGCUUGUGCGUCGAGAGGUGGGAAAAGGUGGCGCGGACGAGCCAGGAGGAGGGGUUUAGGGUUUGGGUACGGGAGGAGGCCGCGCGCGCACGGCGAGCGCGAGAUCCCGAACCAGAGCCCGAGCCCGAGCCGUUUCACCACGACUCUCGUGCGACGUUCGCGUCGGGCUACUACGCCUCCCCCGAUCGGCGCAUCGACCCGGAGGUGGCCUACCUCGAGUCACACGCGGAUCGGGCGGAGGCGGCGAUGGACGGUGAGGAGGCGCUGGGCCGCGCCAUCACCGCGCUCAACGCGAGCCCGGGGAAGAAGACGUCGGCGCCCGAGCCAGCCGCCUUCGGUUCUCCUCACCCUAACCCUGAGUCCGAGCCAGCGGCUCCGGUUCUCGUGGACGCGCCGCCGCCGCCGCCCAUCCUAGGCGAACCCGUCGCUGACGUCAUCGCCUUCGACGACGAGAAGGACGACGAGAAGGACGCGACGCCUGCGCCGGUGCUCAUGGAGGUGCCUCCUCCUCCGCCGCCUCCUCCUCCGUGCCCCGCGGUCGCAAAGGCGCCCCCGCGCAGCUCCGAAUCGCCUCCAACGGUUCGAGAGGUUCCGCCGCCGCCGCCGCCGCCGCCGCGAGGACGCGCCGGAGGGACGCCGCCGCCGCCCGGGCCCUACGGCACACGAGAAGGCCCGCCACCGACGACGACGACCGCUCCGUAUCUCGCGCCGCCGCCGCCGGAUGCCCGCGAUCGGAACGUGCGACCGCGCGAUCGAGACGGCACGCGAGAAGGCCAGUCACCCGCGCGGCCGGCGUCGGAUCACAUCGGAGCCGUCGCGGCAGAGCCGGGUGAAAUCACGAAGCGCGGAGUGGACGAGACCCUACCCGAGCCGCGGCGGGGUGACGAGAAAAAGCGACAAAGCCUGGGCUACCACUGUCCCUCGUGCGACUGCGACGUGCCCGCGAACGGUCGCGAACAACACGAGAGCGGCACGAAGCAUCGCGAAAAAGAGAAGGAUUUUCUCGCGAGAACGAGGUCCUCCGACCGGCGCAAGCGAGUCGUGAAGGUGGUCGUCCAACGCGCGGGCCCCGCCUCGGGCGACCUCCGCGACCGGAUCGACCGGACGCCGACGGGACCUAGGCCGGUCGUCCGAGACGAGAUCGCGGGCGUCGUCGAAGCGUCGGCGGCCCCGGAACUGCCGGUCGUCCAGACGACGAGCUCCGGGUGGGACGGCUUGCCCGAGGCCGAGGCCAUGGCCCAGCCGGUGAUGGUCCCGUUGGCGCAGGGUCUGGUGCCGAUGCUGCCGGUGACGUCGCUCCUGCCGGUGCGCACGGCGCGCGGGAACGUGGUGUACAUGGCUCCGAUGCAACCCAUCCUCGGAGGCACCUCGGAUGACCCGGGAUUCAUCGCGGUGGACGACCAGGUGACGACCAGGAUUAACUCAAGGAUUAACUCAAGGUGGCACGCGUCGGAGACGACGACGACGCGGACGAUGACCACCGAGACGAUGCGAUCGGGGUCGGAGACGGGGAGGAUGACGCGCGAGGAGUGGGAGCUGGAGAGGAAAGAGAAGAAGAAGGAGAAGAAGGAGAAGAAGAAGAAGGAGAAGAGGGAAAAGAGGGAAAAGAGGGAGAAGAAGGAGAAACGAAAGAGGAAGAAUGAGGACGAGGAGGAGCGCGAGGAGAGGCGGGCGAUCGUCAAAAGCACGAAACCGACGAAGCAGGGAUGGCAGGGUUGGAUGCAGCACGACGACUUUCUUCGCCUGGACGACUCCUACGACGCCAGCCUUCAGUCCGGGGGGUGGUAG